ACUUGCUCACUACGACAGGCAGAUUCAGGAGGAAAACUUUGGGAAAAGACUCGCAGCAGGGGGGGAGAUCAAGAUCAUUCGGCAGCCAGAGAGAACUUGCUCACAGCGACAGGAAAAGUUGGACGCUGGGAGAGAGAGUUUCUGUGUGCGAUUAACGCUGCUGCGCUAACCCCAAACCUGGGAGGCCGCGGACUUCCUUCCUAUCUCCUGAAAUAUCCUGCAGUUGGUAUUUUCUAGCAGAUUUGAACUCCGAAAUCGACAUGUCGAUAUUCGAGUACAAUGGAAGCUCAUUGGUUGCAAUGGUGGGGAAGAAUUGUUUUGCUAUUGCCAGUGAUCGUCGGCUAGGUGUGCAGCUUCAGACUAUUGCAACUGAUUUUCAAAGGAUCUCAAAGAUCCAUGAUAAACUUUAUAUUGGUUUAGCUGGUCUAGCAACAGAUGCCCAAACCCUGUAUCAGCGACUUGUGUUUCGUCAUAAGCUUUAUCAGUUGCGAGAGGAAAGGAACAUGAAGCCUGAGACAUUUGCAAGUGUUGUUUCUGCAUUGCUAUACGAGAAAAGGUUUGGUCCCUAUUUUUGUCAACCUGUGAUUGCUGGAUUGGGGGAUGAUGACAAGCCAUUCAUCUGCACCAUGGACUCAAUAGGUGCCAAAGAGUUGGCAAAGGACUUUGUUGUAGGUGGUACAUCGUCUGAAUCUCUUUAUGGUGCUUGUGAAUCAAUGUACAAGCCUGACAUGGGGCCUGAUGAAUUAUUUGAGACGAUUUCUCAAGCUCUUUUAGCAUCAAUUGAUCGUGACUGCCUGAGUGGCUGGGGUGCACACGUAUUUGUUGUUACACCAACUGAAAUCAAGGAGAGAACCCUGAAGGGGCGGAUGGAUUAACCAUCAACAUUGGUUUGUGCUCAAUGUAGUAAUGUUUCUGGGUAACUGAGCAACUGCUUUCUUUUUCGAUUAUCUGCUUAUUUGAACAUUUCACUAUGCAUGAUUUAGGCAACAUUGUUUUAGCUUGCCAUCCUUCCCAUGCAGUGGCCAGGCUUAUUUGUGGCAGACUUAAAGAAUUUUCUUUUUGAGAACAAUAUGAGACA